AUGACGGCACUUCGUGCGCUUUUCUUGCUCGCAGGAACACUUUCAGCCGCCGCGACGCAAUUUGCAAGUUUUACUUCCCCUAGAGAUAAGUUGAUUACCUACGAUAUCCAUGUUCUACAAGAUACAGAGAUAACGGGGGGUGUAUCCAUUAAUAUUCAGCUCAGUUCCACCCAGCAGUUGACGUGCUUCGUACUGGAGCAGGGAAUCUCAAUGGUUGGGGCCAAUAUAUCGGUGGUUUAUACCUGGGAAAACAAUAUGACAAUAUCUUCCAGACUGGCGAAAGGUGAAAUACGACCUCUUUACAAGGAGAAUGCAAAUAUCACAAGUAUGGACCAUACCGGAGUCCACGACGGAGUCAUCACCAACUUCCGAUGUGAUAGCUGCAUCUCUUGGCAGGGGGGCCGCCUGAACCCAAACGUCUCCCAGAGCAAUUGGAUUUGGGCUGUGAAAUCCGGAAAGCCAUUUUGUUCCAACACUUUAUCCGCAACCGUCACCGAGCAUGACAGCAUGAGUCAAGAAACUGCGAACCUGAAGCGAGCGGCAGAUACCAAUACCGGAAACCCCUUCGGGGAUCUAUCCACCUUUCAAGCUAGCAACGCGAUGCACAUGCGCCCGCAGAUUGACUACGAAGCAUUCGAUAGAAAGAGAAAGGCCCACGCUGUGCUGAUGAUAAUUGCCUUCGUUAUUCUGUUCCCAUUCUUCGCGUUGGCCUUGCAUCUCUUCCCAUCGGGUAUUGUGGCCCUACACGGAAGUCUGCAAGUCAUCACACUGGCAGUGACUAUCGCAGGGAUGGGUCUAGGAAUUUCCAUGGCCAAGGACAUCCGGCUACUGAGCCACUAUCACCCGGUGAUCGGGAUGGUGGUGGUAGCCGGUCUGGUACUGUUCCAGCCAGCAAUGGGGUUGUUACAACACCGGUACUUCCGCAAGUCGGGCGGCAAGGGACCAUUUGCCUAUUUGCACCGGUGGUUUGGGCGGGCCAUGAUCGUCCUGGGGGUCGUCAAUGUUGGCCUCGGAUUUCGAUUGACAGGGAUCGGCAAGCCUGGCGCUCCUCGCCCCGCGGUUAUUGCGUACGGGGUGGUCGCCGGGGUCAUUGGACUGUACCUGAAUCGCAAGGCCAAUCAUUCCAAACCGACAGUCCACAUCACCUACGAUGAAGGCAUUCAGGUCAUCCGCCAAUUUCUGUACUAUGCGUCCAAACACCCCGUCGAAGAUAUCCAGGCCUUCACACGUCAAUGGGUCCCCAGCCCGCACUGGGUGAGGACCGAGACCGUCACGAUCUCGGACGAAUUUCUCGUGCCCGCAGCAGCUACGAUCUCGAAACAGCUCGGCCCCAAGGGCAUCGUACGCGUCGGCGGCGAGAAAUGGUGGCAAUGGCGCGGUCCGGCCGAGGAACUCAAGGGGGAGUGGAUUGAGAUGCGCAAUCACUACAAUGAGAACAAGAAGUCCAAGCAGCGUUGCAACCGGAUCAUGCUAUACGUCCACGGCGGCGCAUACUUCUUCGGCAGCGUCGAUACUCAUCGCUAUAUGAUGCAGCGCCAUGCGCGCAAGUUGAAGGGUCGCGUCUUUGCGCCGGACUACCGCCUCUCGCCUCAGUACCCCUUCCCUUGUGGCCUGCAGGACUGCUUGGCGGCCUAUCUCUGGCUGCUGAAGUCAUACGAUUCGAGCGAGAUUAUCGUUGCGGGAGAUUCCGCGGGUUCGGGUAUGGCGUUGUCGAUGCUGGUCAUCAUGCGCGACCAGGGCAUCCCUCUCCCUGCAGGUGCAAUUUUGAUCUCCCCUUGGGUUGAUCUCACCCACUCGUUUCCGAGUAUUGUGCAGGAUAACCCAGGCGACUAUAUCCCUCCGUACGGAUUCCGCUACAAGCCUUCUUCCGCAUGGCCUCCGCCCAAUGCCGACGAGAUCUCGAAAAUCAGAAAGUUGUCCCAAAAAGGAACGGUCACCGCCAAGGAUGUCGAGCAAGCGAUUCCCGGAAACAACAGCGCCUCCGUAGAGACAGCGGUUCGAGGCUACACUCUCCACGAGGAGAAGACUGCAACGGAUGAACAUGCCUAUCCUGGCAUGCAGCAGAAUCCUGCCCCCGACACAGUACACGGCGAGCCCGAUAAUAUACAUAUUGUCUUAGAUGAGAAGACGGUCGAGCUCAAGGACCAAAUUCAAAUGUACACGACCAAUCAGCUCCUCUCCCAUCCCCUUGUUUCGCCGGUCCUCCAGCCAUCGCUGGGUGGUCUUCCUCCCCUGCAGAUCCUAAGCGGCGGCGGCGAAAUGCUACGGGAUGAACAGUUUUAUGUGGCGCAUAAGGCAGCCAACCCGACAGCUUACCCUCCCGGUGACAUCUACCUGGACGAGUUUGACCCCGAUAGGGAAAUCUUGAACAAAUACGAGCCGACAUACGUGCAGCUUCAAGUUUGGGACGACUUGUGCCAUGUUGCCCCUACCCUAAGCUUUACCAGGCCCGCAAAGUAUAUGUUCCGCGCGAUUUCUCAGUUUGGUUCCUGGGCAUUGGCUCGUGCGCAAAAUUCCGAAGUCCAUAUCGUGGACGAGGCCGUUGUCUCGUCUAGUGACUCGGAUACCGAAAGUCCUCGCGAAGAACCAGGUAGGAGGAAACCAACGUUUGAACCCGGCGUUUCUGUUGGAAGAGCCGGCGAUCCUCUGCCAGCCUUUGAUCUGCAUAUGAUCCGGCAGCGUGUUGAUAAGCGUGGCCAUGUCUACCCACUUGAUCCGCCAUCAUCCUAUCCUGUUCUGGACAUUCCACCCCGCAAGGUCGGUGCAAUCAACCCCGAGCUUAUUAGAAAAUGGCUCAAAGCCAAGCGCGAGUGGGACGAUAAAUUUUCCAAGGAUAAGCUUCACGUCCAGAGUCGUCGCAUCAAGGAAAUGGCGCAUGGCUUCCAGGACUUUGAGGGAGAAAACCCACCUCCGAGCUCGCUAGCCGCCCGUCGUGCUGCCCCUGGGGUUCUGCCCAAGCGGCACUCAAAGAAGAACUAUGGUAUGAUGAUGUGGAGCGGCUGGGGUAGCAAGCACGACGAACGCACCAUGGAACGAGAGACCGAGGCUGGAAAAUCGGGUCAUCGCCCAACUCGUACGAGCGUGGACGCUGGACAAGCUGGAACAUACUCGAGUGAGCCCUCAAAGGCCCGCCAGCCAGACAAUGCCGAGACGAAAUGUACUGGUGGCAAUACUGUCACUUGGAACAAAGGUAGCGAAAAGAAGGAGUCGACUGGGGAUCUCUCACUUGGACACGCCUCCGAGUCAGCCACCGGCCGCCCUGUUUCUGAGAAAAGUGCCGGUCCGGUUCUUAUACUGCCCGAGGUGGACAACCAAAAGCUGAAUGAUGAAGCCGCUAGCACGAGAGCACUUUUUCAUGCCGCCAUGACCUCUGAUGCGUCUCUACCGUAUGUCAAAGGCAGGCCCUCGUCAGCGGCCGGUCGGAGUGACUUCAUGUCCGACACUGCUAGCACGGUUGGUGGCGACAGAGAGUCGGUUACACCAUCCGGUGUUGCCCCGGACGGCGCCAGCACCCGUGCUGUGUUAAAUGCCAAGGGCGUGAUCGGUGCGGUUGGCGCCAGCGAGAAUGGUCGCUUGUCUACCGAUACAAUGUCUGUACUCUCUGGUCGGGGCUCUACGUCUCUUCGACCGGAAAUGCCCGAGAGGGAAGUCUUCAAGACAGCCGACGAAACGCAUUAG